AGUCGUGGUUCUGGCUCCUCAGAAGUCUUGUCUUGGUUUUUUCUUCAACCGUUUCUGUGGUCAUCAUCAUCAUCAUCUUCGAAGCAAAGAUGGCGGCUGAGCGGCAUUGAGUCCUCUUAGCAACGAGUUUCAUUUAGUCUUUUCUUUUGCUGAGAUUUCUCUAAGGCGAGGCUACCGAGUCCAUUUACUAGUCGCGGUAGAAAUGUUUUGAGGCGAAGCGGAAAUUAAUCGAGUGCAGCGCGAGCCUCUUUGAAGCGAUAGUUUACAGGCGUAGCUCUGGCUGUCCAGUGGUGCGGCUAACCAGGCAGCAUUGUCGGUGUAAAAUGGCUCCGGUACAGAUCGGAACAGAUGGGCAACUUGUGCCGUUCGGGGGUCCGGUUGUUUCGGGCCCACAGCCGAACCCGACAGGGGCACCGGCUGCUCAGGGCGUUCGACUGAGUCUGCUUAUUGAGUAUCUUCUGUGCAGGACUUACCAUGAAAUCACCGUCCUGGCUGAGCUGCUUCCACGGAAAACUGACAUGGAAAGAAAAAUUGAGAUUGUCCAGUUUGCUAGCCGUACGCGGCAGCUGUUUGUUCGCCUUUUAGCUCUGGUGAAAUGGGCAAGCAAUGCAGGGAAAGUGGAGAAGUGCGCGAUGAUUUCCAGCUUCUUGGACCAGCAGACCAUCUUGUUUGUGGACACAGCAGACAGACUGGCAUCACUCGCCAGAGACGCUUUGGUGCACGCUCGUCUGCCCAGCUUUGCCAUUCCCUUUGCUAUCGAUGUGCUCACCACAGGGUCAUAUCCUCGCCUGCCCACGUGUAUUCGGGAUAAGAUUAUUCCUCCUGACCCCAUCACUAAAUCUGAGAAGCAAACCACUCUGCGGCAGCUUAAUCAGAUUUUACGACACCGCCUUGUCACGACCGAUUUGCCACCUCAGUUGGCAAAUUUGACAGUUGCUAAUGGGCGUGUUAAGUUUCGUGUGGAGGGAGAGUUUGAAGCCACUUUGACUGUAAUGGGAGAUGACCCAGAGAUUCCCUGGAGGCUGCUGAAGUUGGAGAUUCUGGUAGAGGACAAAGAGACUGGGGAUGGCCGAGCUUUGGUCCACAGUCUGCAGGUGAACUUCAUCCACGAGCUGGUCCAGGCGCGUCUCUGCGCCGAUGAAAAGCCUCUCCAGGACAUGUACAACUGCCUGCACUCUUUCUGUCUGUCACUGCAGCUCGAAGUUCUCCAUUCUCAGACUCUGAUGCUGAUCAGAGAACGAUGGGGAGAUCUAGUACAGGAGGAGAGAUAUGUGCCCGCAAAAUACCUCACACUCUCUGUGUGGAACCAACAAGUUUUGGGUAAGAAAACGGGCACAGCAUCUGUACACAAAGUCACGAUCAAGAUCGAUGAGUCGGAUGGAUCAAAGCCAUUACAAAUAUCCCAUGAGCCUCCUCUUCCUGCCUGUGACUCCAAGUUAAUGGAGAGGGCCAUGAAGAUAGAGCAUCUGUCCGUGGAAAAACUCCUGAUCGACAGCGUGCAUGCCCGAGCCCAUCAGAAGCUGCAGGAACUAAAGGCCAUUUUAAAGACCAGCAAUCCCACAGACAACUCGUUCAUUGAGACGGCUUUGCCCACCCUCGUCGUUCCGAUACUCGAGCCAUGCGGUCGUUCAGAAUGUCUACACAUUUUUGUCGACCUGCACUCUGGCAUGUUCCAGCCCAUGCUGUACGGAUUAGAUCAGUCGAUGCUUGAUGACAUUGAAAAGACCAUCAAUGAAGAUAUGAAGCGCAUCAUCUCUUGGCUUCAGCAGCUCAAGUGGUGGAAAUGCUUGAAGUUCCUUCCAGUCCCACAGCUUUGCAGUACAAGUAUUCAUUUCUAUCAGUUUCUCAGUUGGAGGGGGAGGACGGACUCCUGUGUGCUCAGCUUCUGCAGAAUUUCAAACCCAAUCUAGAGCAUCUGGUCCAGGACACUAUAGUUAAUAAAGAGUUACGACCUGGGACUAAAAGAAAGGGUUCUGGGGACCAAUGUGAAACGGAGCCCAAAAAGCCCAAGAGGUCUGGAGAGAUGUGUGCCUUCAACAAAGAACUGGCUCACUUGGUUGCGAUAUGCGAUACCAAUAUGCCUUUUGUUGGUCUGCGAACAGAGCUAUCCAACAUGGAGAUUCCAAGUCAAGGAGUCCAGGUGGAAGUAGACGGCAGUGGUCAUGCCAUCCGACUACUGAAGAUUCCUCCCUGUAAAGGUGUUGGAGAGGAAACCCGGCGAGCCUUGGAGCGUUCCCUUCUUGACUGCACUUUCCGCCUGCAGGGCAGAAAUAACCGCACUUGGGUGGCAGAACUGGUUCUCGCCGGCUGUCCUCUGAACAGUACAAAUAGCAAAGAACAAGCUUCUACAAGACACGUGUACCUGACCUAUGAAAACCCGCUGUCGGAGCCAGUGGGCGGGCGCAAAGUCGUGGAGAUGUUCCUAAAUGAUUGGAAUGCCAUUAGCCAACUGUACCAGUGCGUGCUCAACUUUUCUUGUGUUCUGCCAGAAAUGCCCUCCUACCUGAACCUGUUCUCAGAGGUGCGACUGUACAAUUACCGCAAACUAGUACUGUGCUACGGGUCCACAAAGGGAAGCUCUGUCACCAUCCAGUGGAACUCCAGCAGCCAGCGGUUCCACCUCGCUCUGGGGACCGUGGGGCCCAACUCGGGUUGCUCCAACUGUCACAAUAUAAUUCUGCACCAGCUCCAGGAGAUGUUCAACAAGAGCCCAAAUGUGAUGCAGCUGCUGCAGGUGCUUUAUGACACCCUGGCUCCUCUGAAUGCAAUCAACAAGCUCCCAACGGUGCCCAUGCUGGGUCUGACCCAGCGCACCAACACGGCCAACCAGUGUUUCUCCAUCCUGCCCCAGUCCCCCACACACAUUCGACUGGCCUUUCGAAACAUCUACUGCAUCGACAUUUACUGCCGCAGCCGGGGAGUGGUAGCUAUCAGAGACGGAGCCUACAGUCUCUUUGACAACACUAAGAUUGUUGAGGGAUUUUACCCUGCUCCAGGACUCAAGACUUUUCUGAACAUGUUUGUGGACAGCAAUCAAGAUGCCCGCAGGCGUUCGGUUAAUGAAGAUGACAACCCUCCUUCUCCGGUGGGCGGGGACAUGGACAGCCUGAUAAACCAGCUGCAGGCUCCUCAACAGCCACAGAGCAUGAGAGGGGCUGCAGGGGGCGUGUAUCCUCCCCUCACGUCACCACCACCAAAUUAUCAUGCCAACGUCACCCCCUCGCCCUCUAUGAUGCCCACCCAGUCGCCAGGGAACAUCCAUGCCUCUGGCUCCCCUAGUGGGGCUUUGAGGGCACCCUCUCCUUUUGGGCCCACACCGUCUCCGUCUUCCUUGGGCAUAGCCAUGGGCCAGACCAGUUUUGCCAGUCCCCACGGUCCUCUGGAUCCCAGCUCCCCGUACGCCAUGGUGUCUCCCAGCCACAGGGGCCAGUGGCCAGGCUCGCCCCAAGUCUCGGGGCCCUCUCCUGGGGCAAGAAUCCCCGGCAUGUCCCCCGGUAAUCCCUCCCUCCACUCACCGAUUCCUGAUCCGCAUUCCCCUCGUGCUGGGACAAGUUCCCAAAUUAUGCCUACUAGUAUGCCUCCACCUCGUAAGCUACCUCAGCGUCCGUGGGCUGCCUCCAUCCCCACCAUCCUCACCCACAGUGCCUUACACGUUCUCUUGCUCCCGUCGCCCACUCCCUGCCUGGUACCUGGCCUGGCGGGGAGCUACCUCUGCUCGCCGCUGGAACGCUUUCUGGGAUCAGUGAUUAUGAGACGGCACCUCCAGAGGAUCAUUCAGCAGGAAGCAAAUUUAACUAUUGUGAACUCUAAUGAGCCGGGGGUCAUCAUGUUCAAGACCGACGUGCUCAAGUGCCGGGUGGCUCUCAACCCAAAGAACUACCAGACUCUGCAGCUCAAAGUUACCCCUGAAAACACGGGGCCGUGGUCCCAGGAGGAGCUUCAGGUGCUGGAGAGGUUCUUCGAGACGCGAGUUGCUGGUCCUCCCUUCAAAUUCAACACCCUUAAUGCCUUUACAAAGCUGUUGGGAGCCCCCACCAACAUCCUCCGGGACUGUGUGCGCAUCAUGAAGCUGGAACUGUUUCCUGAUCAGGCUGCACAGCUCAAAUGGAACGUCCAGUUUUGCCUCACCAUUCCUCCCAGUGCUCCUCCCAUCGCUCCUCCUGGAACCAUCGCUGUGGUGCUUAAGUCAAAGAUGCUGUUUUUUCUGCAGCUAACCCAGCGUAUCCCAGUGCCCCAGGAUCCUGUGAGCAUCAUCGUUCCCAUCGUGUACGACAUGGCCACUGGUCUCACUCAGCAGGCUGACAUCCCCAGGCAGCACAGCUCAUCCGGGGCCGCAGCACUCAUGGUCUCUAAUAUUCUAAAGAGGUUCAAUGAGCUGCACCCCCCUAGGCAAGGUGAAUGUACCAUAUUUGCAUCUGUUCAUGAGCUAAUGGCCAACCUCACUUUCCCCCCCGGCACUCGAUGAAACCCGGAGCUACUGCUGUAAAUGCUGUUCUUCACGUGGAGCAUUUCUGAGCUAAAGAAGCAAAAACUGUGGUCCCACUCUGUCCAGUUUCUCUUCUCGUACGCUGCAAGGUUGUUCCCGAUGUGAAGAGAAAUGGUUUUUUGUUGUUUUAAUAAUAUUUGUAGAUGCACUCGUAAACCAGAUCAUCUAUUGGAAUUUAAGGUUGUUUACAAAAAAAAUAUGUACAUUGCUGUAUAUUUUCUUGUGGAAAAGGGUUGAAUAAUUUUCAUAAAGGCCUCCGUCAUCUUUAUUAUGUUUCCUUUUGUUUUUAUUGCCUGAUAUUUCUGUAGCAUCAACAGAUAGGAUAUUUGUCAUUCUGGAUUUGCUUUGUUUAUAUCUAUAUUUUUAUUUUAGACUCCUACUUUCGAUACUGUAAAACUGUGACAGACUUUAUAAGCCAGUUGUAUUUUACUGAGACCCACUUUGAGUCCUGUUUGAAGGAUUUGAGAAAUCUUGUCACUUCUAAUAAAAAAAAAAAGCAACA